GAAGGAGUUUCACUCUGAAAAUACCCCGCUUCUCCCCCCGCGAUCGCCCGUAGCGGGUAGAACAAUCGGCCUCAGAACAAUGAGCCUGACAACUCCGGCCGGCGCCGCCAGUGCCAUCUCUCUGGGAAGCCCCCUUCCCAGCCUCAGAACUGCCCUCGCACCCCAGGGCCUGCUCGGGUGGGUGGGCACAGGUCAUCGAAUGCAGAUUCAGAUGGGAAAGUUGUCAGCGUUGUCGCCUUUCCAGAGGUUUUGCCCGAAAUUGCCUGAAUUUGUAUCCAAAGACAGCGCUGUAUUUCAGGUUACCAUAGUUCCGCUACCGGUUUUAACCAAGCGGCGAAACGAUCCCCCUCUUCUGAAGCAGUCACCCUGGAGCAAUCAGAGUAGCGGCUGGAGCACAGGAAAUAUAUCCUGGGGAGGAGUGCAUGGCAGAGACCAUCGUAGAACUGGAAACAUGGGAAUUCCAGGAACUAUGAACCAGAUCUCUCCUUUGAAGAAGCCCUUUUCUGGUAAUGUCAUAGCUCCUCCUAAAUUUACUCGCUCUACUCCAUCACUGACACCAAAAUCAUGGAUUGAAGAUAAUGUUUUCCGAACUGACAACAACAGUAAUACUCUCCUUCCUUUGCAGGAUCGAAAUAGAAUGUAUGACAGUCUGAAUAUGCACUCUUUGGAAAACUCCCUUAUUGACAUUAUGAGAGCAGAGCACGAUCCACUUAAAGGUCGCUUGAGUUAUCCACAUCCAGGGACUGACAAUCUUCUGAUGUUAAAUGGGCGAUCUUCCCUCUUCCCAAUAGAUGAUGGUUUGCUGGACGAUGGUCACAGUGAUCAAGUUGGAGUCUUGAAUUCGCCCACCUGCUAUUCAGCUCAUCAGAAUGGAGAACGAAUUGAGCGGUUUUCCCGGAAAGUCUUUGUUGGAGGUCUUCCACCAGAUAUUGAUGAAGAUGAAAUUACUGCUAGCUUCAGACGAUUUGGGCCUCUGGUAGUAGACUGGCCUCACAAAGCAGAAAGCAAGUCUUACUUUCCACCAAAAGGUUAUGCAUUUCUCCUGUUCCAAGAAGAGAGUUCUGUCCAGGCCCUGAUUGAUGCCUGCAUUGAAGAAGAUGGAAAGCUCUAUCUAUGUGUUUCUAGUCCUACUAUCAAGGACAAGCCAGUUCAGAUCCGUCCCUGGAAUCUAAGUGAUAGUGACUUUGUGAUGGAUGGUUCCCAGCCACUUGACCCUCGAAAAACAAUUUUUGUUGGAGGAGUUCCUAGACCAUUAAGAGCUGUGGAAUUGGCUAUGAUCAUGGACCGUCUCUAUGGUGGAGUUUGUUACGCAGGAAUUGAUACUGACCCUGAGCUGAAAUACCCAAAAGGUGCUGGACGUGUUGCUUUUUCCAAUCAGCAGAGUUACAUUGCUGCCAUCAGUGCUCGGUUUGUUCAACUUCAGCAUGGCGAUAUUGAUAAACGA